AUUACCGAUUAUUUCCCCUACGAACAUAUUUACGUAAUUUAUUGCAAAUUUUGGGAACUUGAUGAUAGUCAUGACAUGCUAAUUACUAAGGAAGAUCUGUAUAGGUAUAACAAUCAAACUCUUUCAAGAAAGAUUAUAGAUAAAAUAUUCUCUGGUGCCGUCACAACAAUGAAAUCCGAAACACUGACUUUUGAAGAAUUUGUUUGGUUUUUAUUAUCGAAGGGGGAUAAGAAACAUCCAAAGAGCAUUGAGUAUUGGUUCCGAUGUAUGGAUCUUGAUGGUGACAAAUAUUUGUCUACAUAUGAAUUGGAAUAUUCUUACAGCGAGCAGUACUGCAGAAUGGAAUCUCUUGAUGUGGAGGCCGUUAAAUUUGAAGAUUUGCUAUGUCAGAUGAUAGACUUAGUGAAGCCCAAAAUAGAAAAUAUUAUCACUGUCCAAGAUAUCAGGGCUUGCGUCCUGGGUCACGUUUUCUUCAACGCCUUUUUAAAUUUCAGCAAAUUUAUUGAAUAUGAGCAACGUGUUCCAUUAGCAGAUAAAGUACAGUAA